AUGUCGGAGUUCAACGAAUCGCACGAGAUGCAGAACCAGUGGGUGCAGCUGUACCCGCCGCCCGUUCUGUUCGACCUUGGGAUUACCGUCAUUCUCAAAGACAGGGAGCCGGCCGCUAGCAAGGCGCAGCUGUUGUCAUUUCUGGAGGAGCACGCGCUGCUGCUGGUGCUGGGAGAAAGGGAGCUCUCCCUACCCCUGCCCACCCUGCUGCCCUCCCCCUCCGGCAUCACCGCCUUCAAUACAAGCACAUCCGCUGCAAGCACAUUCGCUGCCAGUGGCGGUAGUGCUGCUGGUGCUGCUGGUGCCAAUACUGGAUCUUUCAGUGCAACUCUCUCGACUCUCGCCUUCCCCGCCGCUCAUCUCCUUGAAGCAGCCAUGACUGCCCGGGAGGCGGUGUCGGCAGCUGCAAUGGCAGCGGUGCCUGGUGGGCUGCGGGCGCAGCUAGUGUCUGCUAUCACAUCCGUCUUCAUACAGCUCGAGGCAAUGGAUCUCUUUCCUGAUCUCCUCGCCUCCCUUGUCGACCUGCUCCUCUUCGCCGCAAAAAGGACAAACCACGCCGACCGCUUCAUCCGCCAGGCGGCGUGUCUCGGCCUACGUGAGCUGGAGGGCGCUUACCCGUGCGUGUUGCAGCAGUAUGGCGGGCACGUGCUGGCAUAUCUGGCUCUAGAAAGGUCAUUUGUGUGGCAAGGAUACGUGCUGCUGCUGUCAGCCAUCGUCAAGAAUCUCUGUACAACAUUCUUUGCCGGGUCAUCACAGUCUCUCACCAAAACGUCUUCAGGCGGUUCCCCCUUCUCCUCCGUUUCCUCCAUCUCCUCCCUCUCCUCUCUCGCCUCCGCCUCUGCCCACGCCCCCCAGCCCUCCCCGUCCCCCUCGCCUUCCCGCCUGCAUCCCUCCGCGUCUACCUCCUCCUUCUCCUCCCUUCACCACCAGUCAAGCCACCAUAACACCCAGAAUCCCCACCACCACCAACACUACCAGCACCAGUACCAGCAGCAUCAUCAGCAUCACCAGCAGCACCAGCACCACCACCAGCGACAGCAUCAGCAUCAGGCACACGCCUCUCAUCUCGCCUCAGCCUCCUCCCUCCCUGCCUCUGCUGCCUCUUUCAAAAUCCGCCCUCUCACCAUCGGCCCUCCUCAAGCUGACUCACUCUUAGCUCUCCCCUUUGACCCCAGUGCCCCUCCUCCCUUCUCGCUUCCUCUCCCCUGGGGGCUUUUGCUGACAAGGCAGCAGGGGGAGGAGAUUGAGGGAUGGGGAGGGGAUGCGGAGGUGGGGGGUGUUGAAAUUGUGCCGUCCCAACUGCCAAUUGCUGGCCAGCGUGCCAUCCGCAAGGCCAUCUCAGCGCUUCUAGAUGCGUGCCAGCUGGCGUCUCCACCCGUCCUCGCGUGCGUGCUCGCUGACGUGGCGGCGGUUGCAGCUUCUCUGAACCUUCCUUUUCUCAAGUCUCAGGCCCUUCAAGACAUGGGAUAUUUGGAGAGUGCUUCGUCCUCUCUGCAGACACACACAGGUAGCCGCACGCACAGCUUCACCCAUUCCCACAGCUUCAAUCAACCCCACAGCUUCAAGCAGGCUCAUGGGUUUGAGGCGACUCAGAGACAAGUGCCAGGCACCAUCACACGCUCCUCCUCCCUCUCCUCCUCCUCCUCCUCCGGUGCUUCAGUUGCCACCAUCCCUUCAUAUGCUCUCACCAUUCCUUCCUCUGCCCGUCCCGCCACUCCACCUGCUCCGUUUGUCUCAUCUGCCAUCCCACCACUAUCACCAGCACAGCCACCGCAACCACCACCGCCAGACCUCCUGCCAGCGCACACCAAGCGAGCUGUCGUGCUGCGAGUGGCCCGAUUGGCCCACGAACCCUGGCAGCCAAUCGCUGUGCGCCAGCUGGCGCUGAGGUGGCUGCUGGCACUGGAAAUCGACGGGGUGGCAGCGGGAGGAGCUGAUGGUGGUCUUGCUGGAAGUCAGCCGCAGCUUCACAUGCAGCAGCAGCAGCAGCAGCAGCAGCAGCAGCAGCAGCACGCACUCUCACAGCAGCACUCACAUCCCCACACACAGCAGCACAGGAGAAAGCUCAUCCUGCCAGCACCCCAGCUAGCAUCAGCUCUCUCCAUCCGUCUCUUUGAUCCGCUCGCCCUCAAGGCUGCCAAGACCCUCGCCUUCGCCCGCAUCGCCGCCGCCGCGCUCUGCUCCUCCGCGCUCCCCGAAUCCGCACGCGCCGCCAUGUCAGCAUCUGCCAUGUCAGCAUCCGCCACGUCAGCGUUUUCCACGUCAGACGCGGCUGCGGCGAGCCAAUCAGGGGAUUCCGCUGCUGCUGACGCGUUCCUGUCCGCCAGCCGCCUGCAGCAGCAGCUGCUGCACGAGUCCAUGGCGGCUCUCUCUCUCUUCUACUAUCUCCCACCUUCCUCCCUAGACGCACUCCUUGCCCUCCGCACUCUCCGCUGCUUCCUCACUGCCACGCCCCUUCCCCUCCUCUCCUCCCCCCUCCUUUCCUCCCCCCUCCUUUCCUCCCCCCACCUCCCUUCCUCUCCCCUCCUCUCCCUCCCUUCCUCCAUACCUCUCUCCCACUCCCACUCCGACGCCUCCCAAUCUCUUUCCUCCCUCCCACUACACACCCACCACCCCUUGACCAUCAACAUAGCAUCACCAGAGCACGAGACCAACAGACCAGGCCUUCCAGGCCUUUCCAGGCAGCACUCCCUUCUAGCACCUGGACUCUCCUCUCCCGCACUUCCCCCAUCUAUCCUCUCAUCCGUGCAAGCCUAUCUGCUUAGCACGCUAACAGCCAUGCCUGACCACAUCCCCAACCUCCUCUUCUUCCUCUCCUGCCUCUCUCAGUGCCCCCACCACCACCCCCUUUCGUGUGCCCUCCAUCGCACCCUUUUCUCCCAGCUCAUCCCCCUCCUCAGCCAACUCUCUCCCACCCUCCCUCCUGAUUCAUCUGCAGACACAGGCAUUCAACAUCCUUCUCUUUCUGCCACUGCUGACGCUGCUUGCACUGCUGACCGCGAUCCGUCAGCGGGAUAUCUGACGGCCCAGCCGCUCCUGGUGCCUCUCUCCCUCUGCUCCGUGCCGCGCUACCUCCCCCUCCUCCACUCGCUCUCAGCCAAUCCCGAUGUGCCACCUGGCCCCAUCGUAGAUCUCCUGCUCGCGUUUCUGAAAAAUGAAAGGGAGAGGCGGAACAGAGGGACAGGGGGAGGAGGGAAGGGGGGAGGGAGGAGGGGAGGGAAAGGGGGAAGAGGAGAGGCAGGAGAGAGGGAGGAGGAAAGGAGGAGGGAGGGUGGUGGGAUGGCAAGAUGGCCUGGUGUGGGUAUGAGUGGCGGUGCUGCUGCUGCAGCAGAUGGGGAGGAAGCAUCAUGGGAGGACACAGCGCAAGUGCUCUCCAUAUGCCGCACCAUUCUCACAAGCCACGCCCUAUCAGUGGCAUUUGACCCGUUGACGCACCUCUUCUCGUUUGUCACUCUCCAUCAUCCGGAUAUCACCCUCAGGGACAGAGCCAGGUUUUUCCUCCGCCUCAUCACAUCAGCGCCAGGGGAUUUCUCUGCUGCUUCGGGUGGUGCUCUCUUUGCUCUCGCCUCUUCCGCUGCUGCGGCUACCACCAGAACUGAUGUCACUGCGUCGGAAGCAGUAGCAGCAGGAGCAGGAGUGGGGGGAGGAGGAGCAGCAACGGGAGCAGGAGCAGCAGCUGCAGCAACGGCAGCAGCGGCGGCGGCGGCGAGAGCAGCAGCAAAUCGACUUUUAGCGGACACAGCAGAAGGACCCCCCUCCCAGCCCCAGUCCGUCAACAUGGCAGAUGCAGCAGCGUUUGCUGAGAUCGCUGCAGUCAUCAGCCCCGUGCAGCUGUCACGUGUGCUACAGGCCAAACGGCGCCGGCCGCCGGCCGUUCCAGACUCCUGGGAGCUUGUCCUGUUCCCCUCAGAUGCGGACAAGAAGGGGGCUGGGGGGGAGUGGGCGAAGGGAAGGGAGGCGGAAAAGGGUGAGGCUGCCGCUGCUGCUGCUGCUUGUGCUGUCAAGGAGGUCAGCCAUGCUUCAACUUCUGUUGCUGUUGUUGCUGCUGGUUCAAGCAGUAAUGAGUUCAAGUCUCUCACUUUGUCAACUAAGCACCACUCAUUCGCACCACAGCACCUGCAGCAGCAGCAGCAGCAGCAGCAGCAGGAGGCUGAGUGGUAUCGGUCGCAGAGUCAGCAGACUCUUGCCUUGCUGGACACACACACUGCUGAGCUGGCAGCCAUUCUGGACGAGUAUUUUGCCACUCUGGCACGACGACAGCCUGGCGACACGGGGUCAGCGACCAUCAUUCGUGCGGUUACCAGUACCAGCAGCAGUAAGAGUGGUUUAGGUGAGAACAGUGACCAUAACGAGGAUGACAUUAUAGGGUAUGAGGAGGCUGAGGGGUUCUGGGUACGGGUGCCCUGUGUGCUGAAGCUGCUGCCAACGGCUAGAGAGGAGCUUGCCUUCGAUAUAAGCACACUGGGGCAGACUAGGGUUGCUGGUACAGAAGGUGGUGGGGGUGGUGGCAUGGGUGGUGGUUCUGCUUCUGCUCCUGCUGCUGCUGCCACGUCAGCUAUUGAUAUGAUCAUGGGAGCUGUGGUGGGGGUAUUUGCUGUUGAGCUGAGUUUCCGAGCCUCGGUGUUUACCGGACCUAUUGAGCCGUGCCUGAUUCCGUGCCUGAUGAUGGCUCGGGAUGAGGGGGUGACGGGGGAGGAGGGGGAAGAGGAGGUGUGGGAAGAUGAGGAGGAGUGGGAUGGAGUGGAGGAAGAGGAGUCUUGUGAGGAAGGAGUGCUGAGAAAAGAGGAAAAGGAGGAGGAUGAGGAGGAGGAGAGUGUGGAGGGGGGAGACACUACGAAGGACAGCAUGAGCAUUAUUGUAUUCAAACAAGACGAUAAGACGGAGUCAGCAGAUGAGCCAGAGACAGCAGAACAGGAGGAGAAAGAGCAGGAAGAGGAGGAAGAAACCUUCAGCGCAGAUUUCACCAGGAGCAACCCCUCCUCAUCCUCCCACCACCUGCUAGCAGUCACAGAUCAGACACCGUUUGACAUCGAGUUCUCGCCCCAUUGGCCGGCGCCGAUCCUCGUGGCGGUAACCGUAACGUUCACGAGCCAGGAAGGCCGCACACUCACAGGCGAGCUCGCGAGCAUUCCGGUCGGCAUAGAGGAUUUCUUCAUGCCUGCUCCCUGGCCGUUUGGUAGACGCGGGUGUGGGAGAGGAGUGGUGAAGGAGGGUAGGGAGGGUGAGGUGCUGGGGUUGUUUGAUGCUUUGUGGGAGCUUCUGGGAGGGGAGUUGAGGGGUCUUGCUGGCAGCAAGCGAGGUGCGAAGCAGGAGGUUGCUAGUGAAAGGGCGGUAGAUGGAGCGAGGGAACAGACGAGGGAUAGAGGUUCUGUGGGUGAGAGCAGUUCAGGGAACGAGGGAGUGGGAGCGUUUGAUGGAAAGGGCUUGCCUGCUGCAAGGCCUGAGUCUGUUCGCACUGUAGCUGUAACACCGGAAGCGGUGAUUGAAGCGGUGGAGCAGCAUUUGGGCCGGUUUGUAGUUGGUGUGGAGGGUAGGGGGCUGCGGCGAUGGUUACAAGGGAGGGUGAAACAAUUGGUUGUUCUUUCCUGUGACGACGCUUCUGCUGGCAAGAAACGCGCUGUAAAGAUGUGGGAACGUGUGCUUGGGAGAAGACCCUCAACAUCUGAGGAGAGUGGAGCGGAGGUGGUCCAGGUUGGUGCGUCUGAUGUGCUGCUGCUGACAGCUGAUAGUGUGGGAGCUGGUCAGCAAGCUGCUGAGGCUGGCUCUGAAGCUCGGACCCUGGGUUGCGUGCAGGUCCUCGUUUUCAUUCCGCCGCGGUUCCAUGUGGUCAUGCGCCUUGAGGUUGGAGCAGCAUCAACCAUAAUCAGGUUCCGAACUGAUUACUGGCCGUGUCUAGUGCAUGUAGAUGAGUACCUGGAGAGCAUCCUACCAUCGGCUUCUCUCAUGGGAGGCAGGGCCAGAGAACCCUGA